UCAAUUUUUAGAUCUUUGCAAGUUGCUGUCGGGUUUGCCAAUGUCAGAAUUUUCAUAAAAUUUUAAUUAAAAAUAUAUUGAUUAAUUCGACAUUUUUUUUUUUUUAAAGUUUAAAUAAUCUCUAAAAAGUAUUUUAAAGAAGACAAACUGAACUAAAGGAAAAUAAAAAUGGCAAACUCACUUAUGAACUUUGCCGGUAAGGUUGUAUUAAUAACUGGAGCAAGUUCUGGAAUCGGUGCAGCAGCUGCUAUAAAGUUCUCUAGACUAUCAGCACAGCUUUCAUUGAUCGGUCGUAAAACAGAAAAUUUGAAAGAAGUUGCAAAACAGUGUAAGGAAAUUAAUGGACAAGAUCCUCUAAUAAUAACUGGUGAUGUUACUAAAGAGGAAGAUAACGCAAGAAUUAUCAAAGAAACUAUUGAUAAAUUUGGGAAAUUAGAUGUUUUGGUCAAUAACGCAGGUAUAAUUGAAGUUGGAACAAUUGAAAAUACAAGUAUGGAGCAAUACGAUCGCGUUAUGAACACAAAUGUAAGAUCUAUUUAUCAUUUAACAAUGUUAGCUGUUCCACAUUUAAUUGAAACCAAAGGUUCCAUUGUAAAUGUUUCCUCUGUUAAUGGAUUACGUUCUUUUCCUGGUGUAUUGGCUUAUAAUUUAUCUAAAAUGGCUGUUGAACAAUUUACUCGUUGUGUAGCUUUAGAAUUGGCUGCUAAGGGUGUAAGAUGCAAUUCUGUCAGUCCAGGUGUUACUGUGACUAAUUUGCAUAAGCGUGGUGGAAUGGAUGAAGAAACCUAUAACAAAUUCUUAGAACAUUCAAAAAAUACUCAUGCUAUGGGUAGACCAGGUCAAGCAAGUGAAGUUGCUGAAGCUAUUGCAUUUUUAGCUAGUGAGUGUGCUAGUUUUACUACAGGUACUUCUAUCCCUGUUGAUGGCGGACGUCAUGCUAUGUGUCCAAGAUAAUUUCUUGCUAUGUUCUUUUUUAUAAUUGUUUCUUAAAACAUUUAGUGUCCAAAGAUGCAUUUAACUCAGUCUAUUUUGUAAUUAAACAUACAAAUAUUGCAAAAUUUUUUAUUAAAAUAAAUGAAAAUAUAAAAUUUUUCUAAUUGAAUAUAAAGUCUAUAAAUUUAUGGCUCUAAAAAAUUUGUGCUAAAUUAAAUGCAAAUAUUAUUAAACUAUGGGUAUAAUAUGAAUCUAUAACAGUAUUCACAGCAAAUAUUAUAUUUGUGUACUAUACGUAAAUCAAAGUAUUGUGUGCAUAAGAAAUCUGGCCCAAGAACGUAAUAGACUUCUCAAAAUUCUUAAGUUUAAAGAAAAUUAAUUAUCAUAUCAAAAUUAAAAAAUUUUAAUCAAAAAUUUUAUAUAUGUAUAUACUUAAGUAGUAGCUAUGUACAUGUCAUACUUCUUGCUUUUAUCAAUUUAUUUUUAAAGUAUGGUAAUUUGUACACGUAAUGCGUAUUUUAAAUAAGAAGAUAAGAAAAACAAUUGUUAAACAAAAUUUUUAUUUUUAAGCUAAAAUAUUUAUUGAUA